AUGGCGGUUCAAGCAGCUAUGAUCGCGGACACCAUCACUGCGAUGAAAAGGGCUCUUGAGCGCCAGCGUUUAGCCACCGGUGUCGAUGACCCCAUCACACAACCCACAAAUCGCGGUAACAAGCUCAAACUGAAUGCGCAAUAUGUCCAUGAAGGUGCUCUGGGCUGCAUGAACGGAGUGGAGUUCUAUAGAAAGAAAAUCAAUCAUGCUGGUUAUACAAGAGAUAUCCUGGAACGCAAUCCGCCCAAAUACGACUCUGAAGGCGAUGAGUUGGAUGAAGAAGAUGUCGAUGAACAUGCCGAUCCCGAAAUGGGGGAUGAAAACCCGUUUGCUGAUAUACACCUUGAACAAACCCUCGCUCCUCUGAAACAUCCUUCCGAACUCGCGACCCACCCUUCAAUGUCCUUUCCGUAUACCUCUAGAAUGCUCCAUAAGAUGGCGGAAGAUGCCAAUGCGAAGCUUCGACAAGAGCAGAUAAUGCUCCACAAGGCCAAACGGCUGCACAGGGAACUCCUGGGCGACGCCCCAUGGAUGCCUUGUGGCUUUCUGGAGACCAUGGAGGAUAGGAAUAUCUUUGACGUGAAUUACGGAUUGAAUUCGUCGUCGAAGCAUGGUAAUGCGCGGGUUAAAUCGGGCCACUCCUCGCGUAGCGGAUCAGCUACACGUCAGAAGGAUAUCAAAAAUAGCCUGUCGAAUAACAAGACCGGGAAUUCCGCUGUGAAUGGCGUGUCUCCGGAGCAGACAGCGGUCGACCAAGAUGUCGAGAUGUUGAAUGCUCCGGAGAAACCUUCGGAAAGCAAACCGACACCAGAACCGGAGGAGACCAUUGGGAAUGAAUCCCUCAGGCCAAAUGGACAGGCCGCAUCACCCCCGGAGUCUACGAACGGCGACAACCUAUCCAAACGCGGGACAGAUAGAGAUCGAUCGCCCAAACCACCCACCAAAGAAGAACCUUCAAGUGCCAACGAGGAACCCACCAAUGUCUCCACCAUCUUCUACCCCGAACCCCCGCGCCGCAUGACAACCCGCGCCCAAGCAAACCAAGCCCUAAACCAGCCCACAACCCCCACCUCCGGUACCGGCCGCUCCGGCUCACCCGCACUCGACAACUCGGACCACGACGACCUCCCCGUGCACCCCCUCUUCCUCCUGCCGCCCACCCACCUCGACCGCACCUGCGGCCUGCCCCCCGCCGAAGCCGAUGAGGUCCGCCGCAUGCUCUGGUCGUACAUUCAGAAGCAGGAAGAGACCGUGCGCGCGUCGCUGCGCAUGUAUCACAUGCUGCUGGGCGCGUGUCGGAAGAAGGAUCUUGUGUGGGAGUGGUGUAAGGCUGAGGGCCAUGUGGGGGAGAUGAGUGAUGGGGAGGAUUGGUAUGAUCGCGAGCACUUGGGGUUGGGGGAGGGGGAGGAGUUGAGGAAGGGGGCUGAUGAGGAUGAAGGGGAGGGGGUGGUGGAGGAGGGGAGGGCGACGGGGAAGAGGGGGAGGGGGAGGAGGGGGUGA